CAGACACGUUCGGCUCCAAACAUACAUAUAUACAGUGCAUAUCCCAAGCGGUGACAUUCAUUCAGCAAUUCAUUCGCCACGAGACCGUACCCUGGUCGCCUGAAGCCUUCUAGUCCACAUAGCUCUGUAACUCCAACUCAAGAUCGAACUCCAACGAGGCCCUACACCGACAAUGACCACCCGAUAUCGUGUAGAAUACGCUUUAAAGACUCACCGCCGUGAUCAAUUUAUCGAAUGGAUCAAAGGACUUCUCGCUGUGCCUUUUGUCCUCCUCUCACAACCUACAAACAUCCACGAAGAUGACAAACCUGGUGUCGCCGCAAUGGCAGCGAAUGCCCACGAGCGCUACGCACAGAUCAUGGUGGACGUCGAAGCUCUCAUAGCAGACCACAUCACACAUCAAAACAAACCCGGUCAGCCGACAUCAAAGCUGAAGCUGUUGGUGCCAUCAAUCGGCAACUUCUUCACGCCUCUCCCGUUGGCCGAUGCGUUUAAAUGGCAGGAUUCACGCCGACACAUUAGCUCACGCCGCUUUGUCGCGCCGAGUUUCAACGAUGUCAGAUUGAUCCUCAAUUCUGCUCAGGUCAUGUCACUGGUACGAAGCAGCCGACUUGAGCUUGUGACAUUCGAUGGAGACGUCACCUUGUAUGACGAUGGCGACUCCCUGACACCUGAAAAUCCUGUUAUUUCCCGUAUUUUGGAUCUCAUCAAAAACGGGGCACGUAUCGGAAUCGUGACAGCUGCUGGGUAUACGGAGGCAGAGAAAUAUUAUCAACGACUGUACGGACUACUAGAUGCACUCGCAGACGCCGGAGUUGAGGCACACAAGCUUGUCGUUAUGGGAGGCGAGAGCAACUUUUGCUUCACCUUUGAUCCCAGUGAAGCGUCAAAACUCAGAUCCGUCCCACUUGAAGAAUGGCAACUUCCUGAGAUGAAGACUUGGACGGAAGAGAACAUCACUGCACUGCUAGACGUGGCAGAGUCUGCCCUUCGAAGCUGUGUGACCUACCUCAAUUUACCCGUUUCUGUCCUGCGCAAGACCCGUGCCGUGGGCAUCUAUCCACCAGCCGGCGUUCGACUUGCUCGUGAACAACUCGAGGAGACUGUGCUCGUCACCCAGCGGAUCCUCGAGCUAUCCGACGCCGGAAAGAGGAUUCCCUUCUGUGCUUUCAAUGGCGGAAACGACAUCUUCGUUGACAUUGGAGAUAAAAGUUGGGGUGUCAUGGCAUGUCAAAGAUAUUUUGGCGGCAUUGAUGGCGGAAGAUCGUUGCAUGUCGGCGAUCAAUUCCUGAGUGCCGGCGCGAAUGAUUUCAAGGCUAGACUGGCUGCGACUACGGCGUGGAUCGCGAACCCAGCGGAGACCGUGUCACUGUUGGACGAAAUUGGGGAUCUGUUGAACGAGAAAUGAAGUGUACAGAAAACGUCGGGGAGGCCAUGCCGAUGUAGCUUCUGCUGUUCUCCACUGUCAAGUAUAGCGUAUGGGUGAAGUUAACCACGAAAGGUAUCGUUCGCAGUAUUCUUCACGACGUGUGUGAUAGAAGGACAAAGCAGAAUGAGCUCAGUGUGAUAUAGGAAGAUCGAUUCUCUA